AUGACCUCCACAACAUCCACCCAGUCCAAUGGCGAGACAGAAGGCCUCGAGGUCGCCCAAGCCUUCUCUGCACAGGUUCUCGGUAAGGUUGUGCUGGUCACUGGUGUGAAUCGAGGCGGAAUCGGGUACUCAACAGCUGAGGCUUUGGCAUCGCAGGGGCCGUCUCAUCUUAUCGUCACCAGCCGCUCUCGUACCAAACUCCAAGAAAGUGUCGACGCGAUGAAGAGUCUUUACGCUCAGGUCAACUACGUCAUCCUCCAGUUCGAUCUCUCAAGCCAACAGUCAGUUCGUGCCGCUGCUGCAGAACUUCUCAGUCGAGAUGACAUUCCGAAGAUCGACCUGCUCAUCAACAAUGCCGGAGUCGCAUUCCUCCCAGAACGCUUGCUCAGCCCAGAGAAUAUCGAGAUGCAUUUUGCAACCAAUCACAUCGGCCACUUCCUUUUCACCAGCCUAAUUUUACCAAAGCUGAUUAAAGCCGCCGAGGAGAGUCCUAAAGGUGCAACUCGUAUCAUCAAUGUGUCCAGUGGGUCGCCUAAGUGGGCGUACAUGAGAUGGAGUGACAUCAACCUUGAGAAGAAGAACAAAGAGCUACCGGAAGAAGAGAGGCCCAACUACGAGGUUCAUAGAGCAUGGGGAUCCCCCAAUGUGGAGGAGUUAAGCUAUAUUCCCUUGACAGCAUACAACCAGAGCAAGGUCGCAAACGUGCUCUUCAGCAUUGGCGCAAACAACAAUGGAUGGAUCGAGACAGAUCUAAGCAGACACAUGCCCUCUGAAACUCGUGAGGCAAUUGUUAAGGUAGGAAUCCAGAGAGGGGUCAAGUACAAGACUCUUCAGGCCGGAGGGUCAACCACUGUUGUUGCGGCGCUGGAUCCCAAACUUGGGCCAGGGGAGAAACGAGAGGGAAAAGAGAACUACGGUGUAUUUUUGGAAGGUUGCCAGAUUUGCAGCGGUGCUCAUCCCAGGGCUGAGUCUGACGAAGAGGCGGAGAGGCUUUGGGAGUUGUCAGAGAAACUGACCAGUGAAACGUCCUGA